AUGGAGCUCGCCCUGGUGCCCCUGGAGAACGGCGGGGCCAUGACCGUCAGGGGAGGAGGUGAGGCCCGGGCAGGCUGUGGCCAGGCCGUAGGGGGGGAGCUCCAGUGCCCCCCGACGGCUGCGCGCGGCGCCGGCCCCAAGGAGCGGGAGCCCAGGGAGCGCGGCCCGCCGAGGGGAGCGGACCCCGGAGCGCGGCCUCUGCCAGCGCUGCCUCUGCCUCGACGGCUGCCCCCGGAGGACGAGGAGGGAGACGGCGACCCCGCCCUGGGCCUGGCGGAGGACCAGGUGCCGGGCCCGGGCUCGGGGUCCUUUCACCACCAGCGCGUCCUCAUCAACAUCUCCGGGCUGCGCUUCGAGACGCAGCUGGGCACCCUGGCGCAGUUCCCCGACACCCUCCUGGGGGACCCGGCCAAGCGCCUGCGCUACUUCGACCCCCUGCGGAACGAGUACUUCUUCGACCGCAACCGGCCCAGCUUCGACGGCAUCCUCUACUACUACCAGUCCGGGGGCCGCCUGCGGAGGCCGGUCAACGUCUCGCUGGACGUGUUCGCCGAUGAGAUCCGCUUCUACCAGCUGGGGGACGAGGCCCUGGAGCGCUUCCGCGAGGACGAGGGCUUCAUCAAGGAGGAGGAGAAGCCGCUGCCCCGCAACGAGUUCCAGCGACAGGUGUGGCUUAUCUUCGAGUACCCGGAAAGCUCCGGGUCCGCCAGGGCCAUCGCGAUCGUCUCGGUCUUGGUCAUUCUCAUCUCCAUCAUCACCUUCUGCUUGGAGACCUUGCCCGAGUUCCGGGACGAGCGCGAGCUGCUGCGCCAUCCCCCGGGGCCCCCCCACCCCCCUGGGCCCGCCCGGGGGACCAACGGCAGCGCGGCCCUGGCGCCCGCCUCGGGCCCCACGGUGGCGCCUCUCCUGCCGCGGACCCUGGCUGACCCCUUCUUCAUCGUAGAGACCACGUGCGUCAUCUGGUUCACCUUCGAGCUGCUCGUGCGCUUCUUCGCCUGCCCCAGCAAGGCGGAGUUCUCUCGGAACAUCAUGAACAUCAUUGACGUGGUGGCCAUCUUCCCCUACUUCAUCACCCUGGGCACCGAGCUGGCCGAGCAACAGCCAGGCGGGGGAGGGGGUGGCCAGAAUGGGCAGCAGGCCAUGUCCCUGGCCAUCCUCAGAGUGAUCCGCCUGGUCCGGGUGUUCCGCAUCUUCAAGCUCUCCCGCCACUCCAAGGGGCUGCAGAUCCUGGGCAAGACCUUGCAGGCCUCCAUGAGGGAGCUGGGCCUGCUCAUCUUCUUCCUCUUCAUCGGGGUCAUCCUCUUCUCCAGUGCCGUCUACUUCGCAGAGGCUGACAACCAGGAGACCCACUUUUCCAGCAUCCCGGACGCCUUCUGGUGGGCAGUCGUCACAAUGACCACGGUAGGCUAUGGGGACAUGAGGCCUGUCACUGUGGGGGGCAAGAUCGUGGGCUCGCUGUGUGCCAUCGCCGGGGUCCUCACCAUCGCCCUGCCUGUGCCCGUCAUUGUCUCCAACUUCAACUACUUCUACCACCGGGAGACGGACCACGAGGAGCAGGCCGCUCUGAAGGAAGAGCAGGGCAGCCAGAGCCAGGGGACAGGGCUGGACAGCGGAGGCCCUCGGAAGACCAGCUGGAGCAAGGGGUCCCUGUGCAAGGCUGGAGUGUCCCUGGAGAAUGCAGACGGAGCCCGAAGGGGCAGCUGCCCCCUGGAGAAGUGUAACCUCAAGGCCAAAAGCAAUGUGGACUUGCGGCGAUCCCUCUAUGCCCUCUGCCUGGACACGAGUCGGGAAACGGAUUUGUAA